AUGGAUAUAGAAAAAUGGCGCAACUACUAUGCAGAAUUACUGACAGAAAACCGACCAGAAUUUCAAGCAGUAGAAGAUGAGAACCUUGCAGGCACUUUAAUGAUAAGCGAAAGAGAAGUACAUCAAAGUCUCAAUCGAAUGAAAAAUGGGCGGUCACCAGGUCCUGAUAUUCAAGAUAUGGAUUCGUUACCAUUUAAGCUAAAAGGUUGGAGUUAUGAUGACCUGCAAGAUGAAUUGAAUAAUAUAUAUAACGACGCGGAGCCAAUACCUUCCGAGCCGGAGUCUGUAUUUAGUGAGUCGGAAGAUGAAGAUGACCAAAUACUGUUGGACCAAACUACACCUGCUUUGAAUUUUACUGAUUCUGAUACUGAUCCAGAAGAUAACGUGCCAUUAUCUAUUUUAGCAACUAAUCUGCUUCCUGUACCACCCGUAAACUCUAACGACUGGUCUAAGCUUGUUGAACCAGUACCCCCCUCAAACUUUACGUCAGAGUCCGGAAUUAAACCUGUUGUGAGAGAAAUGGUUGAUCCUACUCCGUACAAACUUUUCAAGUUAUUUUUUAAUGAUGGUCUGCUUGACCACAUAGUAUUCCAGACAAAUUUGUACGCACAGCAGUCUUUCAGCAAACAAAAACUUACCGAAAUCUCAGAAAUAAAAACCUUUCUAGGCAUAAAUUUAUUAAUGGGAAUUAAACGAUUACCGAGCUAUAGGGACUACUGGAGUACUUCUCCUGAUAUAAAUGAUGCUUACAUAAGUGGAUUGAUGCCUGUGAAGCGCUUUAGUUGGCUCCUUUCGAACUUCCAUCUCAAUAAUAACGUGCUAAUGCCUAAAAAGGGAGAAGCCCACUACGAUAAAUUGUACAAAGUGCGACCAUUAUUGAUUGCGUUAGCUGAGAAUUUUGAAAGGUGUAUGGCUCCAAGUAGGGAACUUGUAAUAGACGAGUCAAUGAUAAAAUUCAAAGGGAGAAGCUCGCUCAAACAGUACAUGCCCAAAAAACCUAUUAAACGAGGAUACAAGGUAUGGAUUUUAGCGAAUAAAAGUGGCUACUGUCAAAAAUUUGAUAUAUAUACCGGUAAAGCGGAGGACGCCGAAAAACAAUUAGGUGCCAAAGUUAUUAAACAAAUGCUCAAUGGAUUGGAAAAUAAAGAGCACAUUGUCUAUUUCGACAACUUCUUCAAUAGUACCGAACUUCUGGAAGACCUGACGAAAAAACUAAUUCAUGCCUGUGGUACCGUAAAUCCAUCGAGAAACACUUUGCCGGUGUUUAAACCGGAUCGAAAAUUGAAGAGGGGGAAUUUGAAGUUUUAG